GUCAAUGUAGACAGAAAAUAAGUGAGAGGGUGGGUCGAAGCCUGACUGUCAAAUCUACAUAUUCUCUCUCUCUCUAACUGGAGAUUCGAUUAAGUCGCUGUUUCAAUCUCUGUCCUUUGUCUCUCAACCACAACAAUUUUAUCAGAUGUUCUUCUAGGAUUGGAUCUACUUUUUAUGUAUUAAAUUAAAAGGGGAAUCUUUCUUUCUCCACCAAACACAAAGAAGAAAUGGAAGGGGAUAGUUUUUCAGGCCAAAUAGAUGGGAAAGUUAUGCAGACAUGUGAAAAGAGCUUUGUUCAAGUUCAAGACAUAUUGGAUCAGAAUAGGCUGUUAAUCAAUGAGAUUAAUCAGAAUCAUGAGUCCAAGAUCCCUGAUAAUUUGAGCAGGAAUGUUGGUUUAAUUAGAGAACUGAACAACAACAUAAGGAGAGUGGUUGACCUUUAUGCACAUCUUUCAGGUUCUUUCAACAAUGUUUCAUCUGAAGGGGACUCCACUGGAAGACCUACCCACAAAAGGAGUAGGCCUGUUUAGAGGAAAAAGAAUCUUGUUCUUGAUUAUUUUUCAUGAAGAUGAAUGAUUAGAUUGUAGUAUAGCCUCUUCCUUCUCUUUAGUGUACUUUAUUUAGUACUCCCAAAAAUCUGUUUCGCUGUUAUUGUGUAUCUGCAGAUCUAAUUGAAAGAAGAAUUAAUGUCCA